AUGGUGGGGAUGAAAAGUCCACGGAAACAAGUUGGUGGGAAACUUCUUGCCAACGUUGCCAAGUUGAAACAACAGAAAAGUAAUGGUAACAUGAAGAAAAUCGUUAGACCCAGACGAUUUAGCUUGAUUUAUUCUUCUUCUUCAAGUUCCAACGACGACGAUAAGGGCGACGAUGAUGAUGAGGAUUCGUCUUUAAGUGAUGUCUCAGAUGAUGGAAGUAAUGAUGACGCCUUUCAGCGAAGGAAUAUCUCUUCAAAAGGUAAGAAAAUGUCGAAUAAUUCUUCCGGGAAAAGAAGUAAACUGAUACAACAAAAUAAAAUUAGUAACAAGGAUAAUAAUGCCAGUGCAAUAGCCAGCUCUAGUGAUGACAAUACAGAAUCAUCAGAUUAUGAAAUGGUACAAGGCGCUGACGACAGCGAUGAAGAAGAUGACGAUGACGACGAUGAUGACGAUGACGAUGAAAGUGACACAACUAGUUCCGAUGACGAAAAUAUUGACUUUGUAAAAUUAACAGCACAAAGGAAGAAAAGGGCCAUGAAGGCAUUAUCUGCUAUCAAAAGAGGCGAAGAAAUCAAUGAUAAACCAGUCAGUAGGAAUAAAGCUACCGAAACCACUGUGAGUUCAAGCUCUGACGAAGAACACAAUGGUACUAAUUACACUAAUAAUAAUAAUAAUAAUAAUAAUAAUAAUAAUAAGCAAGAGCCAUCAUCUUACUAUUCUAAGAUGAAUGCUACCCUCCAACCUGAACCAUUUCCCACUGUCAUAGUACCAAAUGAAGAAGACAUAGGUGAGGAAAUAAAAUCAAGCUCUAAAAGUGCAACACCAAUUGAGACAAGUAACAAAUUAGUACUACCAAACAUGAUCAAUGAUAAUGUCAAUCAAUUAAAUGCCCCUCACUUUGAUGAAUCCGAUGAAUCCGAUGAAUCUGAAUAUGAUAUUGACCAAGACGCAUAUUUCAGUAUAUUGAAAGAUGAUAACGAACAAGACUUAAUCAAUGACUCUUCUUCUGGCGAUAUUGAUACUGGUGAAAACGAUCUACCAAUGUUACAAGAAGAAGAAGAAAAUAUCGUCUCUGAAUUGAGGAAUGAUGAUGAAUUAUCGUUUGAUGGAAGUAUACAUGAAGAAGGUGAUGAUCCUGUCGAUUUGGAGAUGGAAAAUAACUUAAAUGGUGCCUAUACAAAUCAUACCGAUGAAGACGAUGAAGAUGAAGAAGAUGACGACGAUGAAAUAAUGACUGAUUUUGAUAUGCCAUUUUAUGAGGAUCCAAAAUUUGCUAAUCUUAAUUAUUACGAAGAUGGAAGUGAACCUCGUUUGACUUUGAGCACUUCUUUACCUUUAAUAUUAAAUGAUGAAAAAAAAUCAAGGCUCCAGAAGAAACAAGCCAAAAGAAGAGAACAUGAAGAAAGAAUAAAAAGGAGAAAACUAUUAAGGAAAAGACUUAAACAAAAAAGCUUGGAAAAGAGAUCUAAUGAUUUAGACGGUGAUGAGUAUAUUUUUGGUGUCUUUUUCCAAAGUGACAACGAAAAUGAAGAUGAAAAGGAUGCAAGAAUGGACCAUAUUAAAAAAUCAAGAUCUGCUGAUAACAUUAACAAUUUAGGGAAAAAUUUCGCGUUGGAAUCUCCAUUGAGACGUUUAAGUACUGCUGCAUAUUCUGAUUCAGAUUAUGGUAUUUCUGAUGACGAUGAUGAUGAAGAUGAAGAUAUUUUAUUAAAUAUUGCAAAUAUACCGUCCGAAAAUGAUGAUGAUGAAACCGGUGAUGAAAAUAACGAUUCCAAUAGCCUAACAUCCGAGAGUCUAUAUUUAGCUCUGGAUGAUGAUGACGUAGAUGACGAUGACGAUGAUGAUAGCAGUGUCACAAAUGUUUUUAUUGAUAUUGAUGACUUGGAUCCUGACUCUUUUUAUUUCCAUUAUAAUGACGAAGGUAUGUUAUCUGAUGAAGAAGGAACAGAACUAUCUACCGAAAACUCUAAUUCAGAAAAUGCUGCAGAUGUAGUAGAACCAGUUGAAUAUGUCGAUGAUGAAUCUACAGAUGAAGAUGACAACCUACCACCUCCAAGCUCAAGAAAUAAAAAUAUUGGUUCCAAGGCGAAGGAAAUAGUUAGUGCUAACGUCGUUGGAUUAAGACCACCUAAGUUGGGGACAUGGGAGACAGAUAAUAAGCCGUUUAGUAUUAUUGACGGUCUUUCCACGAAAUCUUUGUAUGCAUUAAUUCAAGAACAUCAACAGUUGCAUGAACAAAACCAAAGAGAACAAAGUCCAGAUAUUAGUAAGAAUAAUGAUUCUAAUUCGGUAAGUAAUGGUGAUGAGUUAACGUUGAACGAGUUGCUAAAUAUGAGUGAAUUAGAUGAUGAUGAUGAUAAUGAUACAACAAACCAUUCUCACACCUCGAGAGGAAAUUCAGAUUGGUACACUAAUAAGCCUAAAGUUCCCCUUUCAGCAUUUAGAAACAAAGGUGUUGCCACUUAUGAAAGAGAUGAAUAUAUGUUACCUUCUUUAUCCACAAGGAAAGCGCCAAUCGGUUAUGUUGGAAAUGAACGUACAAGAAGGAAGAUCGAUAAGAUAAAAGAACUUCAGAAAAAGAAAACAGAAAAGAAACGAUUGUUGAAAAAGAAGAGAAAAUUAUUAAAGAUCAAAAGGGAAAAACAGCGUUUAGAGAAAGAUAGAAUAUCAUUAAACAAUGUUGUUCCACAAAAUGAUGAAACACAUGUUGUGACUCUUGAGGGCACACCAAACCACGAAGAUCACGAUAUUACUACUGAUUCUCUUCCUCGUAAUCAUGACAUUGAACUACCUAAUGAUCUCCAUGCGUUAGAUAAUCUUGGUCCUAUCACAGUUGAUAUACCACAUUCGAUGAUAUCUAGAAAGAAUUCCGUUAAAAGUGUUGGACUUGAUGAAAUCCAUGCCAUAUUGGGUAAAGAUAGUCAUGAUUUAUUAGACGACAAGAAUAAUAUUCAUGAUGAUGGCAUAUUCAAUAACUCACAAACAGGCAUAACUGAAACACAUAUUUAUCCAGAUACUAUUGAUGAAGGAGAUGCUGAUAUUCUUGCAUCAUUAACAGCACCAGUUAGACUUGAUGACCUUGAAACUGGUCUAUCAUCAUGGAGACGUCGACAAAGUAUGGCAGAGGCCGCUGCAGAAAAUCUUCGGUUUACUAAAAAUGGAUUAUUUAGUGAAAGUGCGCUGGCUGAUAUUGAUGGGAUAAUUGGUACAGGAGCAAAUACCGUUGCCAUCGAUUUUAAUGAACAAGACUUACUUUAA